CUCCAACGCUCGACUGCUGUCACACGGUGUAGUUUCGGAUAGCAGGAGCACUGGAAUAGCUUUGGGAUUUAAGCCGGUGUCUGCAGAGGAACGACCGAGUCGUUUAACCCCAACAUACCGGCUGCUGUAGCCACACCUGAGUGGACAUUCUUUGCGGACAAAGCUGAAGUACAGUAACAUUUUCUCUAUACAUGCCAAAACUAGGCAACCUUGUGGAGGAUUCUGAGACAUUGUCGCGAAACUUUGAGGUGUUCGCCACAAUAAUUGGCUAUCGAAUGGACCAGCAUCCGAGCGCCCGGAGCUGCAGCAGUCGCGGAGCUGCGCCGUCCUGCGAGAGCGUCUCCGGCGAGCCCCCCAUGAAUUUGUACAUCCACUCCACCACCGGCACACGCUUCGAGCUCUCCCUUCCCGCAGAAGAGACCGUGGAAGGGCUAAAGCGAAGACUCUCUCAAAGACUGAAAGUACCCAAAGAAAGACUCGCUCUGCUACACAAAGAAACACGCCUGAGUUCAGGAAAACUUCAAGAUUUGGGAAUAACGGAUGGGAGCAAGUUAACACUGGUUCCAACAGUUGAAGCAGGCCUAAUGUCUCAAGCAUCAAGACCUGAGCAGUCAGUAAUGCAGGCACUGGAGAGUUUGACAGAAACACAGGUCAGUGACUUCCUGUCUGGCCGGUCUCCUUUAACCCUGGCUCUGCGAGUAGGCGAUCAUAUGAUGUUUGUCCAACUGCAGUUGGCAGCACAGCCCUCAGGCGGCCCACAGUUACAGCAUCGGCAUCUCAUAUCACGUGGGAGUUCAGAGGGCACAACAGGACUGUCUCAUGGAGCUUCAGGCUCUGCCUCUGGGAUGGCAAGAGUUUCACACAACCCCCACCCACAUCACCCACACCAACAUCCUCACCAUCCAAACACAACGCUUCCAUCUAAUCCAGCAGCCUUCCCACCUUCCCCCUCUGUCCCAUCCAUUCCUCCCUUGUACUCCACCUCAGCCUCAGGGCACUGUAGCCCUCCACCACAACCCUCUCAACUCCCUGGAAGUUUUCUUCACUCUCAGCAGCCGUCUUCGGCCUGUGCCCCCUCUCCAAGCAGCCCCAGCCCUGCAGCUUCCUGUCCAGAGGCCAGUUGCUCAGCAAAGACUUCCGGCAACUGUAAUACUCCUUUGCGAUCUCGCAAACCUGGCGCUAUCAUCGAAAGUUUUGUGAAUCAUGCUCCUGGAGUCUUCUCUGGGACGUUUUCUGGCACUUUGCAUCCCAACUGUCAGGACAGCACCGGACGUCCCAGACGAGAUAUAGGCACCAUCCUUCAAAUUUUAAAUGACCUUUUGAGUGCCACCCGGCAUUAUCAAGGCAUGCCCCCAUCGCUUACACAGCUGCGCUAUCAGACCCAGUGCAACAGCCCCAACUCACCAGCACCAUCGCCACCACCUUCACCUCCCCAUACCACUGGACUAACCGGCCUGCCUACCACAGUGCCCUCGGAGACCCAACCAACUCUUCAUCCGCUUGUGCAGUGCCAGAGCCAGAUCAGAAUGUGCAAACCUCCGGGUGACCGACUCCGUCAGACUGAGAACCGAGCCACACGCUGCAAGGUGGAGCGACUACAGCUACUCAUGCAGCAGAAGCGCCUGCGCAGGAAGGCUCGGCGAGACUCUCGUGCCCCGUACCACUGGCUCCCCAACCGCAAGGCCGGGCGCAGCAACAGUAAUAGCAGUAUGUCGAGCGAAGGCUCCCUGGACCUGGACUUUGAGGACUCUGUGUGGAAGCCAGACGUCAAAGCUGACAUGAAAUCAGAGUUCAUCAUGGCCUGAAGGUGGUUGCGCCAUCUUCACCGAGGAAGAUUGGGGAUUACACUUUAGAGGGGUGAAUUUCCGAAGAACUGUGUCCACAGACGCACAUUCAGAAUCUCCCAAGGCUUCACUCCUCGUUUGUCCUGUGACCACAGAGACUUUACAUAAAGGAAGAUUCACAGACUUUUACUUACCUUACAUCCUUGAUAGACUACGAUCUUGGAAUAGACUGAAUUUUCAAAUGAUGUUUGGAUAUGGAUUUGAACUGAUGAAUAGACAGAUUCUGACCAUCCAAGAAGUAAACACAAGUGAGCAUAGCAGACGUCAUCGGUGUUGGGAUUUGUUUUUCUCUUUCCUUUUUUGGUUUCUUUACUUUCCCAUAGGGAAGAUCUAUACAGGCACGACGAACUGACAAAAUUCAGAUACUGAUCCUACUUCCUCUUUUUUUUUGCGUUACAAAUGGGCAUUCAGAGUUCAAGAAUCAUUUGAAGGGGGUUAUCUUUGUUUUUUAAGUCCUGUUUUUCUUGAAUCAUGAUGAUUUCUGAAACAAAAUAUGUAGCAUUACCCACAAAGCAUUCAGGUUUUUUAUCUUGUAGAUGAGGAGGAUUCAUUUGCACACACACACCUGUGAUUUGAAAUACAAAAUGAUAUCAUAACCAAGAGAUGGCACAGUGCAUGUUUAAUAUAUGAAUAUUUAAAAAAAAAAAUGCUUUCUCAACAACAGCUCUGUGUAGAGUCAGAGGUUCAAGUAGGAAACUAAGACAUGAAAUGACUCAAAAAUCUGCUGAUGUGAUCGAAGACACGAGGCUUGUGAAGUCGGUUGUUUUUUAGUACUCAGAAUGAACGGCUUUUCUUUUUUUAACGCCACAAAAACAAACAAACCAACCAAACGUUAAACAGCAGUUGCUCAGCAAGGCUCGAGUCAAGCUGUGAAAUGAAUCUGAUGUUAUAUAAUCUUUUAAAAACACACUGUAUCUCUCCUGUUACUGUCUAAAUGUGUAUAAUAAGAGAGAGUGGUGGGGUGCCAGAGGAAUAGUUUACAAAUGUGCAUUAUAAUGGCUCGCUCUGCCAAAGUGGAAUCUCUCAUUUAUGCAUUCGACUCAAAAAAAAAAGGGUGUUAUUCCCACUAACGCUUUUAAAUUGUGUCCGUUCAGACUUCUUUCCCACGUAAACAUCCAGAACGGAGCACAUCUCCAACCUUCACACUCUCGAUAGUGCCUCAUAUGUAGACGCACUGACAUAUUCAAUCAGGCGUUCCACAGACAGACGGUUCUGCUGCUAUAUGGGACUUCUCUUUGCAUGCAAACGUGUGAAUUAUCCUGAUCCUUUUUUUUGUAGAGAAUAAUAAUAAUAUCAACAACAAUACUGAGAAACUGGUGCUGAGCGAAAAGAUAUAAAAAGCAUGAAUUUGUGAAGAAGAAGAUUGAAAAAACGAAUUAAAAAAUACAGACAUUUGCCCCAGAUACUUGGGAUUUUCGAAUUAGGAACAGGAUGUUACAUAUCAGUCGCAAACCAAAACGGGACUGGAAUUCUACUGUACAUGGAUCAUUCCUGGACUAACUAAGGAACAAUGGAACAUUUUCUACUCCUGACAUCCGAGGGAUCCUCAGAGCAACGUUUCCAUCGACCUGCUCAGAUGUGGACUAACAGGGAUGUUAGCAACCACCGUUCACCUCUAAUGACUGCUUGGAAGUAAACGUGAAAAUGUCCUAAACCACAUCGAUGUUGCACUCGCUGAGUUUGCAAUGAGAUUACCUACCUGAAGGGGAACAUUGUCUUUUCCUUUUUUUUCUGUUCAAGUGGCCUUAACGUUGAUUAUCAAAACACUUGCAGAGUGGAGGACAACAUAGGGAUGUUUCUGUUGAAAUUUUUUUUUUUUUUUGUCCUGUGGUUUUGUUAAAUCAUCACGUUUUCGGGGGCGUUUUUUGUGUUUAGGAGGUGGAGGCUCUAUUAUCUCAAGGCUUCAGUGCCUUAAAGUUUUGCCCCUUCGGUGUGUAUGGAAAAAACAACUGAACAAAUUAUUCGCGUUUAUGCAGGUUUUUAUCAAUUUCUAGAAGCUCUGGUAAAAUAUUGUCUGUUUUAUGGUUUAAUUGUUACAAGUCGUGACCUGGAGGUCAAACAGGUUCCAUCAGUGUGUUCUGUUGUUUGUUUAAUUACGUCCCUUGAACCCUGUCCUACAAAGAAGCAACAAAUUUACAAAUUGAAUUGAGUAAUGGAAGUUUAAGCUGCAGUGCUAUAACAACAAAGUGCCCUAAACUCUCAAUUGAGACGUCCUUUAAGGACACGUUGACAACAUGCACUUCCCUUCUUUCUCAGAUUAAGGACUUCAAUGGACUUUCUCCCUUUUUCCCCAAGAAAAUCAUUAUUUAAUUUUUAUAUAUGUAUGAAAUAUACUCUGUGUGUGCCUCACCUAUAUGUAAAACGGUAAAAAAAAAAAAGUUAAAACUGAAAAAAAGCAUAGGAGAUGAUCUGAGUUUUAGGAUGGGGUAAUUGAUGAGGGUGGAGGGAGGGAACGGGGGGCAUUUUCAAUAGUUUGUUGGAGUUCUGAUCACAUCAUUUAAGUUGCCUGUUCUUUCUUGUAGCCAAUGAAAACUGAUUACAAGAGUCGAGAAAAAAAACAAUUUACAAUGUUCUAGCUAUAGACCGGUGUAGCACAUGUGUGACUGUAUUAAUUUAUGAAACCAAAAUGGUAACUGUGAAUUAUGUAUUUCUUUGUGCUUUUUUUAAAGUGGGCGAAAGGUGGAAAAAAGGGGUGUUGCUGUACCCUGUUUUGUUUUUGUGGAAUAUAAUGGAAAUAAUCAAGUAAAAAAAAAAGGAAAAUAUCUAAAUAUAUUUUUUUCUUAAGCAAUACAUUUCAGUGUGACUUGUGAUAGGACAUUUUCUUUUUUUAGGUAAUAAAUUGAAAGAAAAAAUA